GAGAAAGCAAAAAACAAAGAAAAUGUAUAUAAAAACAGUUAUACUUAGGUUUAACUUAUGUAUAUUGUACAAUAACAAUGAAAACUGACAAAAGAAGUAUUAGUGCAACAAAUUUAAAAAAAACUAUUCAUUUUGUGUCGAGUUGACCACAAGGUUAAGACCUCGGUCACAGGUACAGCAGCCUUUCAGUCAAUUCACUGGGAACCAAACUCCACUUGUUAGGGUUGCCAUGGCACCGAGUAUCAACCACAAAAGCAAUUUGUCGCAAGGCAACGUCGGUUACUAUAGACAAAACUUUACAUUUAGACAUGUUCAUCGUUUAAAGAAAUUUUAAUUUUUUUUCACAAAAUGGUCCACGACGAUCUACGAGUGGAGUGGAUUCUCCAGAGAGUCAUCGCCGGCUUCGAUUUGUACGACCGUCCGGAAUGUUUAGAAGAACUUCUGAACCGAGGAGAUGGACAGGAGGAAGAGAAGAUGAUCCGCUAUCUGAAUCUGGUGUCUGAGGAGGAGUCACCCUCGUGUUUGCUCUUUUUCAAGGCCAUAAGAGAGGAAGAAAUCGAAGUUAAAAUCCCCGUCGAAAAGACGAAAGAUGAAGAUGUUUCAGAUCCUGAAAGUAAGACCUGGAGUCGAAGUGAAGCAGAGAUAACCUCAACAGCAGAGGACGCAGAAGAAGAAGAAGAAGAAGAAGAAGAAAGUUGUUAUAGGACUGAAGUUCAGGUGGUUUAUCACUUAGAGCUUCAUGUUGCAGUGAACAGUUACCCAGAAAGAUUUUUGAAAUCCACAGUCUUCUACUUCAUCAGGAACACAAAAGAGACUAUUGUUGAACCACUGGACAUGACUGAGGCCAACAUCUUGAUGCCCAGGCUCUUUGACAUUGGCAUGCACAGUGGCCACCCACUCCUCGUGCUGCAGAACAAACUUGCCAACGUUUACCUACCUAUGCUGAUGAUGCACCAAAUGAAAGUAACUGGUGCAGGCUAUCAGAGCCAGGCGGCGUCUCCUCAGCAAAACAGCGUUGAGGGAGCAGACAAGAGUCCAGUAAAGUCAACUAUAAGAAUCCCAAUUCGUGAUGAGUUGCUUAACAGAACACACAAGUACUUGGGACUGAUCAACACAUCUCUGCAGCACCUGCAGAUUCAAGAUGAUUUUACCCUAGACAUCCCUGAGUUAGAACUGAAACCAGAGGUGGACGUCCUCCUGUCUACUAAUGCAGAGAUGAUAGAGACACUGGAGCAGUGUGUGAUGAACUGGCAGACUCAGAUUACAGUUUUCAUAGAGGAGCAGCAAAACAAAAAGCCCCAGGCUCCAGGCCCUAUGGCCGAGAUCGCUUUUUGGCAGGAGCGAGCGUCUAUCCUGUGUGCACUUAGCGAGCAGCUGAAGGAGCCUAUGGUGAAGAAAAUUAUGUUGGAGAUGACCAAAGCAGAUGCAGCCAUUGUUCAGACCCUGGAGGGAACAGUUGCUGAACUUAAUAAAUACCGUGUUGAGUCAGACGAUAAUUUACGUUUCCUCAGCACACUGGAAAGACACUUUAUGAAUCUGGCCACUGGAUCACAUUUUGGUGUAAUUCUAGAGACUAUUCCUCCUCUGAUGGACAGCUUACAGAUUGUUUGGAUAAUCUCUCGCCAUUAUAACACUAAUGAACGAAUGCUGCCUCUAAUGGAGAGAAUCGCCUGGCAGCUUUGUGAACGGGUGUCACAGGUGGUGGAUGUCAGUACAAUAUUCAAAGAAAAGAGAGAGAUGGCCAAAUCCAUGGCUCGUGACGCUAAACAGGUCCUGGACCAGUGGAAGACGUCCUACUUUGUAGUUCGUGCAGAAAUUGAAGAAUCAGGACGAGGUGCACGCUGGGAAUUUGACCGCAAGAGGCUGUUUGAGAGAACUGAUUACAUGGCUUCCAUCUGCCAGGAUCUGUACAAUGUUUUGCAGGUUUUAGUGGAGUUCUACAACAUCUUUGGACCAGAGCUGAAAGGAGUGACACGUGACCAGAAACGCAUUGAUGAAGUGCUGCAUAGAGUGGACGCUCUGGUUCUGCCCAUUGAGGAGGUUCGUUUUAAUCCUUUUGACAUGAGCAAUAAGAGCAGCUGGAAAACCAUUAUGCGGGACUUUGACUCUACAGCUCAGGCUAUUGAGGCAGAGGCCAUUGGUGGACAGCAUUAUUGA